AUGUAAAAAGAAAUUUAAGAUUGGGAAGCUAAGGUAGUACUUUUAACAAACGAAAUUGAUAGAUUAAGAUUACUUUUGUAAAAAAGAGAUGAGGAAAUACAAUAAUGGUAACUAAAAUGUUAAAAACUAGAACAACUUUUAUAAGAACUAAAUAUUUUGAGAGAAAAAAACAGAGUCCUUAAUUUAGAAAUAGAUAGACUAACAUAAGAAAAUACAGAAUUAGAAACUGAAAAUUGCUAAUUGAAAUAAUAAAUGGUGAACAUUAAUGAUUUGUAAGUUAGAAUUAAUGAUUUGCUAAUGCUAUGUGUUUAAUUAUUUACUGAAAUUGAAUGUUUAAGAAGUAGAGUAGUUCAAUCGAAAAAACAAGUUGAAGAAAUGAGAAGAUCUUCUUUGGCUGCAUUUAGAAUUUGA